AUGAGCGCCCACGUCGUGGUGAUCGAUGCCACGGCCAGGCGGGCGACCAUCAAGACCAAUCCGGCCAAACACCUGUCAGACAUCCUGCAGGAGGCAUGCUCCAGGCUGGGAUAUAACGCGAACCAGUAUGGCCUCAAGCAUAACCGUAAACAGCUCGACCUAUCACUCUCGUUUCGCCUCUCGGGCCUGAGCUCAGGUGCAAAGCUCGAGCUGGUUCAGCUCUCCCGAUCACCUUCGGUGGUCACUGUGGCCCUCCAACUCCCCGAGUCGGAGGCGCGCGGGGCUCCCAACAGCCGCAUCCUCGACAAGUUCCCUAGCACAACCACCCUUUGGCUCGUCCUGCGCAAGUUCGAAGCAGGAGUGGCAGGGAGUGGGCCAGCACGGAACCUCACUGCUCGUGGGGUGCCGGCAACUGGUGGUGGGACCGAAACCGGCUCGGGGCGUUUGUUCUAUGAGAUUCCUGUUCUCCAGAUCUUGGAACGCGAGCUAUCCAGCUUUACCGAUCUUCAGAAAUCUCUGGCCCAGCUAGGCUUUAAUAAUGGCAAUGUUCUUAUGCGACUCAGCUUCCGGCGAACGGAGGAGCCUCUCGAAGAAGCGAUGGUGAAGAUUGGCGAGUACUUCAAGGGAUUCGAGGAUGCUGCGCCUGCCCCAACACAACAGCCGGUGCCUGCUACAUCGGCCCAGGAACCCAUCGAGAUAGCUGUGCAACAGCCUCCCACUGCACAACCAGACCCUUCCCAUCUGCCUCCGACUGCAGAGGAGGGGACUGUCCCUCCCGCCGAGGCAUCUACUGCUACCACCUCAACGGCUACACGCUCCAUCACCGUCUUCUCUCCCCCCACCACAGGCACCCCCUCUUCAGCCCAAAUACCCUACAACGAAAACGACUACGUCCCCUCCAUCGAACACGCCAAAUCUCAUCAGCGACUGCUGAGCCAGUCAUCCCGCCCGCAGCGCCUCCCAACCGACGCCGAGAUCGCCGCCAAGGCCUCAGCCGAGGAGAAAAGACUCUCCAGCAUCCGCGAGGUCGACGUGAAAGUGCGGUUCCCAGAUCAGAGCCAGAUCGUCGCCAAGUUCGGACCCAGCGACACAGGCUCAUCGCUGUACGACUUUGUGCGAAGCUGUCUCGCACCCACCUUCGCCAGCGAGAAGUUUCUCCUCAGCAUUUUUCUCAACCCUGGCGCAUCCCGCGCCUCAAACAAGGCUAUCUCCGACUCCAGCCAGGUCCUCCUCAUCAAAGACCUGGGUCUUGCCGGUCGUGUGCUGGUCAACUUCUCCUGGACUGAUAGCGCGGCGUCAUUUGUUCACCAGCGCCGAGACGACCUCUUACGUCCUGAGCUGCGCAGCCAGGCGCGCGAGCUGAAAGUUGAGCAGCCGCCAGAUGUCGUGGAUGAGCCUUCGUCCUCUGCUGCGCAGGAAUCGGCUCCGUCUAGUUCUCACGAUGGCAGUAAGCCUGGUGGUGCGCGCAAGACCGGAGGCGUGCCAAAGUGGCUGAAGCUGCCGGGGAAGAAAUGA